CUUUCUGGUUUUCGGCCCUUAAAUGGAUUGGGUUUUUGUUUUAACUCUUAAGUUCUGGGAACAUAUUCUCUAAACACAGAACUGAUUUGCACAACUGUUUCAGAGAUAUCAUUAAGAUGGUGUUAAGCAAGAGGUUUUCUAAGGACAUCAGCUCAGUCCUUCCCUCAGUAGAAGAAGCCAAGGAUGCAGAGGAGGAGGAAACAAGCCAAAUCAGCUUAGGGGGGAUCCCAAGCAGACCGCCUAGCAGACCACUGGCAAAGCUAAGUCGCGGAAGUGUUGACAGCAAAACAGUGCAGAAAACAUCCAGAAUAAAGUCAGAAGAGGAUGAUGAAAAUGUGGAUGCCAAAUCAAGCGGGGUCCAAGAUCAAGCUGAAUCGGAGGCUUUAGAGAAAGGCACGGAAGAACAGUGUGCCAAACCUAAAGAAAAAGAAGAGGAUUGGGACACCGACUUAGAAAUAGAAGAAGUCAAGGAAUCAUAUGAUCCCACUGGAAAAGCUAGAUAUUUGUCAGCCUGUCAGUAUCUCGGUGUGGUACCGGUUUCUUAUUUCUUACGUCACAUGCAAGAUUCUGAUCUUGUAAUGAGACACCAUGGAUUGGGCUUGCAGGCUGUUAAAGCCCUGGCUCUUUCUCUGGUGACCAAUACUUCAAUUGUGCGCUUGGACCUCAGUGACAAUUGGCUAGAAGGAGAUGGAGCUGCAGCAAUAGCCGACAUGCUGAAGGAAAAUUGCUACAUAUCAGAGAUCUACCUUUCGGGUAACAAACUUGGACUGAAAGGUGCCAAAGCCUUGUCACUUAUGCUUGUUGAAAAUACAACACUGAGAAAAAUCGGCCUGUCUGGAAAUGAGUUUAACGACCAAGCAGCUCCUUACAUUUCUGAUGCCUUCAUGAACAAUCAAAAGCUGGAAUCAGUGGACCUCAGCCAUAACAUGUUCGGAGAUGGAUCAGGUGAAAUUCUCGGUACGGCAAUUUCUGAAAACACAGGAAUAUUGGAGCUCAAUCUAAACUGGAACAAUUUUCGUGGAAAGGGAGCUGUGGCCUUAGCAAAGGGCAUAGGGGCCAAUAUCUUCAUCAGAGUGCUAGAUCUUUCAUAUAAUGGAUUUGGCAAUGAUGGAGCCGCUGCCCUAGGAGAGGCUCUGAAGGUUAACAAUGUGUUGGAAGAACUCAAUAUCAGCAACAAUCGCAUAUCCCUGCAAGGAGCUGUACGUUUCGCAUUGUGCCUUAAAGAAAACAAGGUUUUGAAAGUCCUCAAGAUGUCUAGAAAUCCCAUGAAAAGUGAAGGCUGCUUUGCUAUUCUAAAAUCGGUCCAGGCAAACUCGGAGUCCGCCAUAGAAUGUUUGGAUUUCUCAGAUAUUAUAAUUAAUAAAGAAUUUGAUGAUUUGUGUAACUCUGUGAAAACAACAAUGCCAAAUUUGUCAGUCAAACAUGGAGGAAGUAGUGAAGAUUUCAAAAGAAGUAAAACAAAGGCAGAUCCAGUUAGCAAAGUCAGAAAAUACAUUGCAGAAAAUAACCUUCAGCUGGCUGAAUGGAUUGGUGUAACAGAAGAUAAUACGACCAUUUCUAUGACCCAUGAGGAGUUUCAGCACAAGCUAAUGAGUAAUGGAAUUUCCAUGGCGGAGGAUGAAGUACAAAACCUAAUAGAUUUUCUGGACAAGGAUAAGAGUGGCGCCAUUGAUUUCAGUGCAUUUCAGAGAGCUCUGUCUUCUUGAAACAAGCUGGAUAUUCCGGUGAUUAACUGACAGUUUUUCCUACUGCAAUAAAGUAUCCAACCAAACUUCAAAACUUAUUGUAGCAUUGUUAUUGUUGUAAAGUUUUAGCUGAACCAGAUACUGUGUUGAUUUUCUAGAAGGCUUUAAAAUCUUUUAGAUGAUGCCCUUCCUUGCACUUACACAGCCACAUCAUACAUUUAUGCUUAAAAGGCAGAGAAAUGGGAGAAGGGUAUGAACAUGCACUAAGAUGACAUGUGUCAUUUCAUUGCUUGCAAAAAUAAAUGGAAUGGUUGAUGUGCGAAGGAUCUGCUGUCCUUUAGCCGUUCCAGACUGGGUUUUCCUGAGCAAAGCCUGCAAACUUACAA